GUUUGAGGAGCUGAUAUAAGAGCCGAGCUCAGCGGUGAGGAAACCUGGAAGAGCAGCGGCGCAGCUUCUGCCACGACCAGCGUCUCACUCCUGUCCUCAUCAGUCCCUGACCUGACCUCGCUCAGCCCUGAUCAUGUCGACCAACGCGGUGUUUGAGAGUGCCGGGAAGAAGCCCGGCCUGCAGGUGUGGCGGGUGGAGAACAUGGAGUUGGUGCCGGUCCCUCCCUUGCUGCACGGCGAGUUCUUCACUGGCGACAGCUACGUUCUGCUGUACACCGCCUUCACCUGCAAAGGCACUUCUUACAGCCUCCACUCAUGGAGAGGCAGCCAAGCUUCCCAGGAUGAGUAUGGGGCUGCUGCCAUUCUAAUGACUCAGCUGGACGACUGUCUGGGAGGAGCUCCACGGCAGUACCUAGAGUUUCAGGGCCAAGAGUCGACAGAGUUUUUAUCCUACUUCAAGCAUGGCAUCCGAUACAAGAAUGGCGGUGUAGCCUCAGGCUUCAAUCACACGGAGAUCAACCCUGUGAAUAUGAAACGCGUCCUGCAUGUUAAAGGUCGUCGCAACAUCAGAGCCUCCGAGGUUGAGCUGAGUUGGGACAGUUUCAACAAAGGAGACUGCUUCAUAAUCGACCUGGGAAAGGUCAUCUACCACUGGUCCGGCAGCAAAAGCAACUUCUUUGAGCGUCUGAAGUCCACUGAGUUGGCCAAAGACAUCCGGGACAAUGAGCGACAAGGCCGCUCUGUCGUCGAAAUGGUCGUCGAAGGCUCUGAGACUUCGGAAAUCAUUAAUAUACUUGGACCAAAGCCCGAUCUCCCAGAAGCAACCAGUGACAAACCAGCUGACAGGAGAAACAGCAACAAGGCGACCCUCUACUUGAUUUCUGAUGCUGCCGGUGUCAUGGAGGCGUCUGUGGUGGCUGAACAGAACCCGUUCAGCCAAGACUCGCUCUCCUCCAAUGACUGCUACAUCCUUGACAAUGGGCCAGAUAACAAGGUCUUUGUCUGGAAAGGGAAGAACGCCAACAAAAAUGAACGCAGAGCAGCAUUUGCAGCUGCUCACCACUUCAUCUUGGAUAAAGGGUACAGUCCCAACACUCAGGUCCAGGUAAUGCCUGCAGGGGCCGAGAGCACGUUGUUCAAGCAGUUUUUCUUGAACUGGCUGGACAAAGAUGAGACCACAGGCCCGUCGGAGGCCUACACCAUUGGCAGCAUUGCCAGGGUGGAGCAGAUCCCCUUUGAUGCUGCCAGUCUCCACACCAACAAGGCCAUGGCUGCCCAACACGGCAUGGUGGAUGACGGGUCCGGGAAGACUCAAAUUUGGCGUGUGGAAGGAAGCGAUAAAGUACCAGUGGAUGAAGACCAAUAUGGACAGUUCUAUGGAGGCGACUGUUACCUGAUCCUUUACUCCUACAACACGGGAGGGAGAGAGAAGCACAUCAUCUACACCUGGCAAGGGUUGAAGUGCAGCCGUGACGAGCUGGCGGCUUCGGCCUUCCUCACCGUGAACCUGGACGACUCUAUGGGCGGAGUCGCUACACAGGUUCGGGUCACUCAAGGCAAAGAACCGGCACACCUUGUGAGCUUGUUCAAGGCCAAGCCCUUGGUCAUCUAUUUGGGUGGGACGUGCCGCCACGGCGGCGACUCCACGCCUGGCAGCACGCGGCUGUUCCACAUCCGAGAGAGCUCCACCGAAGCCACCAGAGCUGUUGAGGUGGAUCCUGGCGCCAGCUCUCUGAACAGUAACGAUGUUUUUGUGCUGUCGUCGCUCAAUUCUGUGACCAUUUGGAAAGGACAUGGAGCCACUGCCGAGGAGAUGGACGCCGCUCGGUAUGUUGCUGGUCUGCUUGGAGGCGCGCCUACUGAGGUGGAGGAGACCCAGGAACCGGAUGAGUUCUGGGCGGCACUGGGUGGCAAAGCGGAUUACCAGACCUCCAUCACCCUGCGCAACGCUGUCAGCGUUCCACGACUGUUCGCCUGUUCCAACAAAACAGGCAACCUGAUUGUGGAGGAGGUUCCUGGUGAACUGGCACAGUCGGACCUGGCUCCUGAUGACGUUAUGAUCCUGGACAUUUACAGGGAGCUCUUCGUUUGGAUCGGAAAAGACGCCAAUGAACAGGAGAUAAAAGGAUCGUCUGGACUUGCUGAAGAAUACCUGAAAGCAGACCCGUCCUGCCGCACCGGCGUCCCCAUCACCACCAUGAAGCAAGGCGAGGAGCUGCCCACCUUCACGGGCUGGUUCCACGCCUGGGACCCGAACAUGUGGGACAAAGCUCGCGCCGAGUGCAUGCACCACUGAGAGCAGCUCCAGAAAACCCGCCGGAGCCUGGUGAACAGCCAGGACUCUCGUCAGGGACUCCGCUGUGAGAAAAAGGGAAACGCUAGAGGCUGAGAUAACUGCUGGGUCGGUACGGGGCUUUAACUUCUCCAAUCAACACGCUGUUAUUCCGCUGUCUGUCAACAAUAGAAAAAGAUUUGGGCUGCUUUUCACGUGUGUGUGACAAGCACAUUAAACUCUUACUGAGAAAGUUUGGGAAAUUUAGUUUUGUUUCCUGUUGUCACAUUUUUUUCCAUUUGUUUUCACACGUUUGUGCAAUAAACAAGAAUAAAAAAAAAA